AUGGCCGUGGCAGACGGCUGCUUUUGGAACAUUUUGAAGAGGAUUUACGCCCCGCGACCCCUCAGUACCCCGGCGAUAAAGAUUAAUAAUGCGGCACUCACAUGCAAUCAGAAAGCCAAGCACUUUAUCCGUUUAUAUUCACGAAGAGCUAAACGUCACCCAUAUUCCUACCCCACAGCACCCAUUCCAGUAACCGAUACAGAAUCCAUCCCCAUUACAGCAGCAGAACUGGAACGGGCACAGCGUCUCCUUCCUAAAGGGACAGCCGCAGCUCCCGAUGGUAUCUACGGCGAGGCACUCCAACACUUGGGACCUCGAGCCAAAGCGGAGACUCUUGCCCUCUUCAACGAGAGCCUCCGUACGGUCGUGGUUCCAGUCUCUUGGAAAGUAGGCAUCAUUGUACCACUCCUUAAACCCAGAAAGAAAGCCACAGAUCUAGAUUCGUUCAGACCAGUUACCCUCACUAGUUGUCUGUCCAAAUUAAUGGAGUGGAUCAUUGCAGCACGAAUUAGAGAUGUCAUUGAGACCAAACUGACCCCACAACAAUCUGGAUUUAGAUCUGGUCACUUUACAUUAGACCAACUAUCGCACCUACGCGCUGCCCUCACGAGACCCACCCUUGAUUCGCGUGCAGGUGCAGUAUUCGUCGACUACGCCAAAGCUUUCGAUACUGUAGAGCAUGAUCGAAUAGUUAGUGCGAUGCGAGAGAUGGAUAUCCCACCGCACAUCAUUCGUUGGCCAGCAUCUUUCCUGAAAGGACGCCAAGCCAAAGUACGAGUAAACAGUAAAUCCUCUCCCCCAAUGCUUUUCCACCGUGGCGUACCACAAGGAACAGUUCUCGGCCCACUUAUGUUCAUUACAGUAAUGAACACCCUAAGCAAACGACUAUCCCAAGUACCCUUAUUAUUUCAUGGUUUGUUCGCCGAUGAUCUCACACUAGCAGUACGACACGUCAACCGAGACAUCAUCAACAGUACACUGCAACAAGGACUAAACAUAGUGGACGAAUGGUCCAAAAACUAUUUUAUGGAAAUCAACGUGGACAAGACGAAAUACACACUUUUUGGUACCACCAACCCGCAUCCCCUUUCUCUUAAACUACGCGGUAUCCCCGUAGGCCCGGAGAAGGCACCUAAACUCUUAGGCAUCACUUUUCAAAACUACCGAGGCAUGUCUACCCAUGUGGGUCCAACGAGACAACGCAUGAAUUUUCGAUUACUACAACUUGCAGCAAUCUCCUCCACCACAUGGGGAUCGAAACGUGAUGUCCUUCGAACCUUCUACCUGACACUAGUUCAAGCCCAGAUGCUCUAA